GAGUCUGUAACUUGAGUUCAACCGGGUUAACUUGAGACUGCGGUCCAGGCGCACCGAUUGGGCUUGUUGCUGUGAGGAAGAACGGUUAGGAUUGCAGCCGCGCGCUUUUAUCCUGCGCGUUUUCCUCGGCAGGCUCGCUGCGUUUCAGCCGGCUUUAUUGCGCCCCUGGAAGCGUGCAGGACUCGUGACUGCAGCAGUGCAACCCCGAUCCACCCCACGGAGUUCCAACAGUACUUGCUCCCAAGCGUCUGCGAAGGGUUGCUGCACUAUUGCAUUAUUAGCCUCUCGGAUUAGCAGAGUUGUUAGGAAGGCUGUGGAUCGAGAGUAAGAAGGAGGAGAUGUAGUCUUUCUAUGUGCAUGUUUGUGCCUUAGCUGCCUAGAGGCAUCUAGUCUGCUGCUGUUGGGAGACAGAAUGAACCUUUCAUUGGAUCUAAUAAGGGCGCCAGUGUUUAUGUGCGGAGCAGGAGGAGUUUUGUCGCCCCCCCCUUUCGCUGGGCGACAUUCCGGGAAAUAGGCAGGUGCCAGGGAAUCCAGAACCCGAAGGAGAGAAGCAAGACAGUGCAAGCACAUGCAUAUGUACUGUACUCGCAAGCAAGUCCCCGGUUGGACUCACUCGCAGGCAAGAAGGCACCGGAUUAAAGCUUAACGAGGAGGAUUUAAAAUCUCCGUUUACUUCUGAGUAAACACAGGACCAGGGCUGCAAAACGCUAUGCAUACUUACUUAGGGUCCUUAUUAUUGUUACUGCGUAUUUCUUCAUACCGCGCCUUUUUUCCUACUGGAACUCAAGACGACUCACAGAUAAAAAUAAGAACUGCUGAAAACACGGGGGUGGGGGAAUAAUUAAGCAUAGUUUUAAUUGUACCAAUUACUGCUUUUAAAAUGAUUUUUAUAUUGUUACAGUAUUAAAACCGCACCUAUAAGUUUUAAUUCUGUCUAUUAAGAGAGUUGCUAAGCGAGCAGGCGACGCUGAGGAUAGACACAUCUUCCACUGCGCGCGCCGCCCUGGCAGAACUUUCGCCGGAGCAAAGGUUGCGAAGGUUCCGCCACGGCGGCGCUUGCGCACUAGAACUUACGGGACUCCGAAAAGAUGGCUUCUCUUGCGUGAACCCGGAAGGAGCUCAUUGCGCAGGCGUGUCGAAGAUAAGUAGGCGAACCGAGGCUGUGAUUUAAGCUAGGCUCGUUUAGCUAGGCGCGCAAUCACGUCGUUCUACAGCAAGAGGGUGAGUGACGUAAAAUUGGGUUCCCCUCCCACCCCACAGUUGGCAAGGAGGGCAUUAGGGCGUAGCGGGAUGCGUUGCGGAGAUAGCAUCUAGGUCUGUGCUCCCUGCUGGGCUGUCUGUUUGCAAUGGUUUCCAGGCUGGGUGACUCUUGACUGUCUCUUGCAGCACCUUAAAGUUUAACUAGCAUAUAUAUAUAGCACUGUAUUGCAUUGCAUUGUAUUGCGUGCGUGUGUGUGGGCAUAAAAAGGAUUGGAGUUUGCAUUGCAUAUACUAAACGCUCCUCUCUGCAAACAAUGUGUCUUAACUAGCUGACCAAUGCUAGGAUGUCAGUGUGAUCAUCGCAACUGGGUUUUUUUUGGGGGGGGGGUGUCUAAAACCACCCUUAAUAAUGUAAAAGCAAAGGAAAUGCACAAAAGUACAGAUUAGUGUAUUAUUUAGGGCGGCUGCUCACAAAAAAAGCAGGUGUUUUGAGAACACAGACCUUGUGGCAUUGGUUAACCACAUGUGUUUGCAGGGGCGUGUAUGCUUAGUACAUACACUUUCCACCAGACACCAGAUCCUAGCUGGCAGCCAGUCCCACUAAUUUGGGGGCUCUUUAUUAUUUCGUUAUCUCUUACUUUUUAAAAAAACCAACAACAAAUGUAGAGCAACCUUGAAAGAAAAGUUACAAGUUAUUUUUAUUCUGAAGCAUGUGACCAGCUGUGUUUCCUAAAAUAAGAAUCUGGCAGUUACCCAUGCACACUGAAGUUCAGGAGAAACAUGAAUCUGUUCAUUCUCCUGAUAAUUGAGAGUUACAAUGUUUCUAACUUGGCUACAACUUGUUGAAGCUAUUGAAUUUAUUUUAGAAAAGACACAUAUUUAGUAUUGUUUGGCAUUUAUAAACAGCUUCAGAAUAGUUGCUGAAAGUGCCAGUUUGAUGGCAACAAGUCCAGAAAGUGAUGGUUAAAAGAAGAGGUCUUUACGACUGCUCUCAUGUAUGGGGAAAAGAGUAAACUGGUGACUUCUGUACAUCUGAAGUAGUCUACCAUAGUUGCUGAGUAGAAACGUGAGACAUUUUUGGUAUGUGGGAAGGGCAGUUGAGAAUAUAUUUCUUUUCUCAUUGCCAUCAUUUCAAGCUGAUUUGUUUCUCUCCUUUUUUGGCUUGUUUUUUUCCACCACUACGAUGACCUUUGUUACGUCUGCAGCAGUCAAAGUUAAACAUUAUUCUCAUCUAAAUUCUACUGGUUUAGAAGGAUACAAAGGUUAAUGCUGGUUGCAGUUGAAAUGCAGAUAUUAACAUGGAUAUAUGCACCUAUGGUAGCAAAGGGGUAUACCUUAACAUCUUACAAAUGAAAACUGUGUGUCUGUGUGUAAGGAAGUAAAACACCUAUUUUUAUAUGAAGGCCCACUAUCUGGAGUGUUUGGACGACGAUUACAGUAUUGCAUUUCAUUGUAGCCAUUUAAAAGUCAAAUAUUGACACUGAAUUUUAAGCAGAUACCUGCAUCUUUAGAUACUUCUCUACAGUUUCGGAUUCCUUAAGUACAGUACCUGGUUGUUACUAUCAGCGGCAGUGAAAUUACAUUUCAUGGGUUGCUGGCUCGCAAUGUUGACAGGGCACAAUUAACCUUAUAUAAAUAAUUUGAUCCUCACCCAAGCCCCUUUUACUGGCAUUUCAGUUCAUAUGUAGUUGGGCUGCCUACUUGAAAGGGUGCUCAGGUGAUCUUGAGACCUCUUGCAGCAGGGAUAAUAGAAGGCCGCUUAUUAACUUUCAUAAGGCCUUUUCUGUGCCCAGAGAUUUUUGAUCAAGUUUCUAGAACCUUCUGUCUUCCCCCACUCUUUUUUUCCAUGGGUGACUUUACAAUUUACAGCCUAAACAAGAUAUUGUUGAUUUAGGCCAGAGUGCAGAGUUUGAGUUAAUGUCAAUAGUUACUCAAUCUUGGAAUGCCAGGGAUAACUUGAAGUAGUUUGGGAGCCCUUCAUUUCUUCCCCAAGAGAUGGUUCCAAGGGUCACAAUUUAAGAUCUGUAUGGCUGCUUCCUAAAUGCAAGUGAACUUGCUCUCUGGGUUCUGAUUUCAUGCUUAUUGAUCAGUUGUUUUAGGCUGAUGCCAAGCGUUUUCAAAGCACAGGCAGGUUAGGCAGAAGAAAGCAGCCAGCACAGGUGUUAAUAUCAGUGCUCAAAAUUCCCCAGGAGCCAGGUAUGUUUUACGACUGGUGCAGGUCCGGUUGUGACCAUUUGGAAAUCUUUGAGUGCCACAUUGGCAACUGACAUCUCGGUCUGGCUGGCCCCUCCAGCUUUCUUAAGCAGGUAAGCAGAAGGGCUUAUUUAUUGCAUUUACAUCCUACUUUUUUCUCCAAGGAGUACAUGGUUCAUCCCUACUUCAGUUAAUCCCUACAAUGACCCUUUGAGGUAGGUUAGAGGCUGUAACUGGCCCAACGUCACCCAGUGAGCUUCAUGACUUGAGUUGGGAUUUGAACCCUGAUCUCCCAGGUCCUAGUCUGACACUCUUAACCGCUAUACCACACUGGCUUCCUAGAGUACUUCUAUUGGGCAGCUAUAUAAAUCAAGUAGGUAAAUAAAUAUAGGGAUAGCAAAAUGUCACUUGAAAUAUUUCCAUGGAAACUUGAAUUUUGUUUUAGUCCUGAUUUGGUUUUUUGGUGUUUUAAUGUGUUGUAAACCGUUUUGAGAUUUUUCCUUUAAAAUAUAAAGCGGUAUAGAAAUGAAAUGAUGGUGAUGAUGAUGAUGAUGAUAAUGAUAAUGAUAAUUAAUAAACCCCGUUGCAAAAAAAAAAAGUGUUUAGACAUUCCGCUGUGGCAACUUUAACCUAGGUUUAAUGUACCAUUUGGCAAUUAGCUUCUAUAUCUGAGUUUCUAAUACUGGUUAAAAUGGCUGUGAGAGAGAAUGAGCCACUUCUAUAGAAUCCUAAAAGUUGGAAGGAAUCUCAAAGGUCAUCCAGCUCAACCCCUUGCAAGUGCAGGAGCUCCCUGCCAAAACAUCCCAUGUGUAAAAACCUAAUGCAAGGAGAUGCUCUGUUUUCGUAAGAUGUCCAUGUGAAGCCCGCAAGCAGGACCUGAAUGACACAGUGGUACCUCUGGAUGCGAACAGGAUCCGUUCCGGAGCCCCCUUCGCAUCCUGAGUAGAACGUAACAUGUGACUGCUCGGGUCUCGUUUCACCACUUCCGCGCAUGCGCGUGCCGUCAUUUUGAACAUCUGUGCAUGCACCAGCGGCGAGAUCCGGAAGUAAUGCGCCUGAAAAUACUUAACCUGAAGCUACUUCAACCCGAGGUAUGACUGUAUAGGACUUUCCCCACCUAUGACUCCUAACUACUAUGAUUCCCAUUAUUUGGAUUUCAAACUCUUCUCCAGGCAUAAAGUCUUUAUAAAAAUGCGGAUUAGGUUAAAAAAAUUUUUUAAAGCUAGUGUAACUCCAGUUGUAAGGUCUUCUGAAGAUGUGUCAAAAGAUAUCCUUUCCAAGCUGGUUUCUGUGUGUUUGUGCAAACUUCUGCAUAUUUAACAGUGCAGUCCUGUAUUUGUCCACUAAGAUGUAAAUAAAUGGGGCUUACUCCCAGGUAAGAGGAUACAGGAUUGCGAUCUGAUUCAUUUCUUAUCCAAAGUGAAACUAUUAGUUAUCCUUUGCAGGCUAAUUUUAUAAGUCGAAAAGCCUCAAAUUGGCAGCACAUUGUUAGAACAGAGUGAAAUGCAUGGUGAACCUUCCGAUUUAAAUUUCACCUGAAGAGCUAGUAAUUUGAUCCUUUCUCUUUGAAGUGGAAAAGGCGGUGGAGGUUAAGAUAGUACAGUAUUUUAUCUCUGUGAUUUUUCAGGUUGCCAUGGCAGCUGGGAGACAUGUGAUGAGAGCUGUCAAAGUGUUUGAAUUUGGUGGACCUGAAGUGCUUAAGCUGCAAGCAGAUAUUCCCUUGCCAGUUCCAGGAGAGAACCAGGUAAAAACGAAGACCUUGAACUGGAAAUAUAAAUACUGUACACACUGAAAUUAGCAUUAUUGUUAUUUAACAGUUAUUGGAAACUUUUCUGCAGCAUGCAGAAUGAAUUUGCAAACAGAGUAAAAAUCCCAUAGAACACAGCCCUGGAGAGCAAUCCUGACAUCUGUACAUGCCAUUGCUUGCCAGACCAACUGCAUAAGUACUGCUAUAACUUUUGUGCUUACCUUUGGCUCUGUUUUAUAAAAGAUCCUGCAAAUGUUCUAUAGGGAAUGAACAUUGGUUUGCCUGUUACCAAAAAAAACCGGGUUCGCGUCUCCACUCCUCCACAUGCAGCUGCUGGGUGACCUUGGGCCAGUCACACUUCUUUGAAGUCUCUCAGCCCCACUCACCUCACAGAGUGUUUGUUGUGGGGGAGGAAUGGAAAGGAGAAUGUUAGCCGCUUUGAGACUCCUUCGGUUAGUGAUAAAGCGGGAUAUCAAAUCCCAACGCUUCUUAAUAAGUAUUUAUGCUGCUUGUAUUUUGAACAUAUUUGACAUUCAACAACAAACAACUUGGCAUGAAAAUGAAGGUACCAGAUUUCUUUCAGUUGUUCAACAAAUAUCCUUUUCUUCUGCAGGUCCUCAUUAAAGUUCAUGCAUGUGGCAUUAAUCCAGUGGAGACUUAUAUUCGUUCUGGGACUUAUGCUAAAAAACCAGCUUUACCUUACACACCUGGUUCAGAUGUGGCUGGGGUAGUACAAGGUGUUGGCGAACAUGUAACUACUUUCAAGGUAUCCCAUUUUUAAAUAUGUUGCUCAUUUGCUAUCUUUUAUACAAUAUCAUUCCGGUCUUGGUUACUAAACUGGGUCUCUUCAUAGUUCCUGUGUCUUGGAUAUGAUUCAUGUCAUCCCUGUACAUCUUAAAUUUCUGCCUUCCUGUCUACAGAUUUAAAUGUAAACCUUUGUUUGUUAACACACUUUGGCCUACAUUCUUUGCCAAAUAUUCUUUGGUACUUCAGUUACUCCAGACUCAAGUACACCCUGCUUUCAAAGUGUUGGAUUUUAAGCUAGUUGUUAAUUCUGCUUCCUCUAAUGCAGAGUUUCCCAAACUUGGGUCUCCAUCUGCUUUUGGACUACAACUCCCAUUAUCCCUAACUAGUAGGACCAGUGGUGAGGGAUGAUGGGAAUUGUAGUCCAAAAAAAAAAAAUUGGAAACAAUUAUUACAGAUUAGAUCUGUUGUAAUGCUGCUAUCUUCUUGUCAUGUGUAUUUCACCUAUAUAAUUGGGUUUUAUUUAACUCUUCUGGAAAUGCCUUCAUUUUUACACAGGAUACAGAAAACACUUUGGCACAAUGCUUCACCUUGUGCAUUUGUUUUCUCCUACCAGAAAGGAGACAGGGUUUUUACCCUUGGUACCAUUUCUGGCGGUUAUGCCGAAUAUACCAUUUCAUCAGUUGACACAGUCUUUUCCUUGUCUGAUAAACUGGACUUCAAGCAAGGUGCCGCAAUUGGAAUUCCGUAUUUUACGGCUUACUAUGCUCUCUUUCAAAAGUAAGGCAAUGACAUCCUAAAAUUGCUUUUGAGCAAUAAAAAUGCAGUAACUUUGGGCCUUUCUGCCUUUUCCUUGAGGCUUUUCUGUGUCACACAUUCAGUCAGACUAAUUUUUCCAUGUUCUUUAAUGCAGCAAAUUUGUGGGCACUUUGUGUCACACACACACACACACACACACACACACACAUUUUGUUUUGAGCCUGAGAAAAAGGGAGUACUUGUGCAACAGAGUGACAGUAUUUAAAAGCCAGUGUGGCGUAGUGGUUAGAGCAGGCUCCCACAAACUUGGCCCACCAGAUGUUUUGGGACUGCAACUCCCAUCAUCCCUGACCACUGGUCCUGUUAACUAGGGAUUAUGGGAAUUGUAGUCCCAAACAUCUGGAGGAUCAGAGUUUGCCUAUUCCUGAUCUGGGAGAUCAGGGAUCAAACCCCUAUGCUGCCAUGAAGCUUACUGAAUAACCUUGGGCCACUCACUGCCUCUCAGUCUAACCUACCUCAUAGGUUUGUCGUGGGGAAUUACAUGAGGAGGGGGAGAACCAUUUAAACCACCUUGUGCUCCAUGGAGAAAAAGAUGGGAUACAAAUGCAUUGAUUGAUUGAUUGAUCAAUGCCUAGGCAAAGUCUGCUUGUGGCUUCAGUGCAAGCUUGUUCUGAUGGCAGUGUUUUGAACAGGGAGUUAUGAAGUUAGUUGGCUGUUUUGCAGCAAUACAGUGGAACUCCAGCGCCUGUGUUGGGUUGUAUUUUUAAUAUACCACUGUAUUUCCUGCUCAUCGCUGACAGGAUUAUUUUGUGGUUAUCAAAGUAGCUGCACUGUAACUAUUUAAUAUUAGGGUACAUUGACAGUCAACAUAAACACUGUUGUUUCCUAACACAGAUUCAGAAGAAGUGCAUUCUGGGGCUCUUCCCAAUUUGAAAUUCAUUGAAUAUUGGCUAUUUUAGUUUUUUAACUCCUCACUACAGCUGCACUGUUGGCAGCACAGCAAGGUACACACUUGUUUUCCAUCCUUCAUUAGCCACUUCGAGCAACUCCUUGUUGGAUAUAAUUUAUUGUAUAAAUACAAUCCAGACAAUUGCAUUGAAAAUGUUUUGUGUGUUUCCCCCCCUCCAGAGGAUCUGCUAAAGCAGCUGAAACCGUGCUAGUCCAUGGAGCAAGCGGAGGGGUAAGUAUCAUGAAAACUAACCUUAUGCUUAAAAGGGGCUUUAGCAUGGUAAAGUACAGUGGCAUGUCACCCCAGUGGGUUGGAUCUUUCAUCCAUAUGCAUUUCUGAACUUCCAUCUCCUCUGCCCUGCAGCCCACUCGCACUGCCCCAGGUUCUGCCUCAGAGGGUUGGAGUCACUUUGGGAGAGGAAAGAAAGGGAGGUCCCGUGAGCAGAACUCCACUUGCCCCCCAACACAUGGGGUGAGGUGGGGCUGAUACAGGGCACAGUUUGGGGGCAGGGCUUGCAUCUACAAUCCAGCUGCGUUUCUUCACACCACUUCAGUUGCAUGGAGGAAAAUGCUAGAAUAUGGGUUUGUGUGGAAUUCAAAUCUGGCCCUGUUUAGGUUUUUAAUCCUGAAGUCCUGGAAGAGUGUGUGUGUGUGUGUGUGUGUGUGUGUGUGUGUGUGUAUUUAAAGUGUCAAUCCUCUGUACAUUGCCUCUUUUGGUCAUGAGAGACAUGGCAGAAUCCAGUACAGUUGUACCUUGGAAGUUGAACGGAAUCCGUUCCAGAAGUCCGUUUGACUUCCAAAACGUUCACAAACCAAAGCGCAGCUUCUGGUUGGCUGCAGGUACGACCGUACUGGCCAAGACUACUGUUCUUUCUGUUUUAUGAAGUGCCUUUUAUUGUUUUCUUUUUUAAGCAAUAACCCUUAGAAAAGUACUUCAUGCUCAAAGUUUGACACUGUUGCUUCCAAAGUAUGGCUUGAAAUGAUGUUAGUGAGAAGUCCCUUGCAGUUGCUGCCUUUGAAAUGUGAAGACUGGGUGGUUGUGUUAUAGUGGUAAUUGAGCUGAUAUAUUUUACUGUCUCUAUAAAAGAGAAACAGAAGUGUGUACUGCUGGUUGGCUUAAUUAUUAAUUUCCCUGAUUUUAUUUCAGGGAAGUCGUGCUUAGAGAAGCCACAUACUGUUUUUGUGUAGGAGAUCAAGUCAUGCUAUAGCAGACUGUUACUACAAGUUAUUAAGGGUCACCUGCGGCUCUGUUGCUAUUGAAAUUUCCUCCUUCGAAACGAUUGUUGUCAAUAAUUGUAUAAGGAAAGUACUAUGUUAAACUUACAACACUCUUCCCCCACCCCCUCCACUCUUUUAAAAACCUAGGUUGGAAUAGCAGCAUGUCAGAUUGCAAGAGCUUAUGGCCUGAAGGUCUUUGGCACAGCUGGAACUGAGGAAGGGAUAAAACUAGUUUUGCAAAACGGAGCCCAUGAGGCAUUUAAUCACAAGAAGAAGGAUUAUCUCACUCAGAUAAAGGUAAUUUAGAACACAGACUGCAAAGUGGUAAUUGGAAUACUAGUUAAGAUAGAGGGCAGUAUUCUGCUAAUGAGUCCUGUUAGUGCAAGGAUUUCUGCUUGCAUAAUCUGCUUUCCCCCAACCACAUCUUCUCCCCAGAUCUUCUCCAGAAGAUUGGGGGAAUAGCUAGAUUUAGGGGUGUGAGAGGAAGAGGAGAACAUUCUGUUGGAAUGUUCGCCUUAGUAACAUGUUGAGUUCCGCUUAGAGCUCCUUAGGUUCCAACCCAUUAUGUUCCUAAUGAGCAUUUUAACACCACAUGCAUUCUUUACUGGGUAUACAAAUGGGUAUCCAUACACCUGGCUUCCUGCAAUUUCUCAACGUUAUUUAACAGAGAAAUUGUGAGGGUUUUAUAGUCAGGUGUGGCUGCAACUGAAUCAGCAGCCUUUGUUAGUCUGACCAAUGGCAGGAGUCCAGAGUGUUUUUCUCUUCGCUUGUGUGGUUCUAGGGCAACUGGCAAUUGGAACCAAGCAUUGUUCCUGGUAUGGAGGAGGGAAAUGAGCUCCUUUCAGCUGCUCCUUCUCUAGCUGAUAGAUGUAGCCAGGUUGUUCUGCUCUGGACUCUUGCUUUUUAGAAUGGUGGUAUUCUAUCAGUAUUGCCGCAUUACCUGCCAUAUUACCUGCCUACCAGUUAAAAAUCAUAAUCUCUGCUCUCAGUCGUGCCAUCAUGUGAAAUGCAGCAGAGGAGUCAGUGCCUUAUCAGUGGUGGCCAUUUCUUUUUAAAGUCUCCCAACAGUUCCCGAAAACCUUUGUUUAUUUCAGUCUGCUUUUAAUAUUUGACUGUAGUCCUUCAUUUGCUGUUCUCUACUCUUAGUUUGGUUCACCGUUUAUGGUCUAUAAUGUGUGUCUUUGUCGUGUUGUAUAGUACCUGUGAGCUGCUUUGUGUGCAUCUUGAUUUAUUUAUUUAUAACAAAAAAGCAGGAUAUGAAUAAUAACUUGUGAACCACAAAAGCAGCCAGGCUUCCAUGUAUCUUUGAUACUGAACAGCUGAUUUCUUAUGCAGGAAGCUGCUGGUGCACAUGGCAUAGAUGUGGUAAUAGAGAUGCUGGCAAAUGUCAACCUUGCCCAUGACUUGCAACUGCUGUCAAGUGGAGGCCGAGUGAUGGUAAGGAUGCACCCCCAUGAAUGAGAAUCUUAAGGCUUAGAAUUAAGCUGUCAGCAUCUCAUUCUCUCCACCACUUUGUGUGACAGAUUGUGGGCAGCCGUGGUCCCAUUGAGAUAAACCCCAGAGACACUAUGUUGAAAGAAUCAAGCAUCAGAGGAAUUCUUUUAUUCUCUGCAUCUAAGGUAAAAAUCAUCAUCAUCAUGCAGUAUAUGUACAUAAUUCACUUAGAGGAGUCAGCGUGCCUUUUCUGUAACACAGCCUGGAUCGGAUACUUGGCUUCAAAACAUGGGAAGUACUGGAAAGCUUCUUUAAUCUCUCCCUAUACUUUUCUUCGUCCCUGCAGGCGCACACACUCCUUUAUUCAUUUCACAGUCUGGGGAACUUUACAUAAGCUCUCGGGAGUCAGUUGCUAUCUGUUGAGAAGCUUUGGACUGGCCAGUGAAACUAUAUUCUGCAAUAGCAUUAAUCUUUCAGGAGCUGGUCUUGCCUCUUUGGGCUUCAUAUGUCCUGCAACUUUUUUCCUCCAUGCAUUUAGAGAGAAACAAUGUUUUUAAAAACCUCUGUUGCUUGGCUUGAGAGUAGUACAGUCGUACCUUGGAUCCCGAACGCCUUGGUACUCAGAUGUUUUGGUUCCUGAAUGCUGCAAAUCCGGAAGUGAGUGUUCCGGUUUGCGAAUGUUCUUUGGAACCCAAAUGUCUGACGGGGCUUCCGGGGCUUCCAAUUGGCUGUAGGAGCUUCCUGCAGCCAAUCAGAAGCCGUGCUUUGGUUUCCGAACGGUUUGGAAGUCGAACGGACUUCUGGAAUGGAUUCCGUUCGACUUCCAAGGUACAAGCAAAAAUAUUCUUGUACAGUGGAUAAUUCCUGCCUCCUCCUUCUCCACUGCAGCCUGCUGUGUCCCAUGGAAAGUCACUGUUGGCAGUGUGGUAUUGGGGGAGGGGUGUAUGUGGGGUGAUUGACCACAGGCAUUCAUUGAUUUCCCAGCUCUCGCUACACACGUGUCAUAACCUCCACUGCCACAUCCAAGCCUUUCCCCAGCCCUUAGGGACAACUUUCCACGGGGCUUACAGGUAGGGCUUGGGAAAUCUCUGCUGCGAAAACUAAAUUGUGGUUGCAGUGCUCUGGAGCCAAGCCUACAUUCUUCACACACACACACACACACACACACACACACGGUACAAUGUAGAAUAAUGAAUUUGACUGCUGGAGGGCAUAGAAGUAUUUUCCUUUCGUGCUCAAUUUUAAAAAUGUUUUCUUCUCCAUUUAGGAUGAGCUGCGUGAAUGUGCAGCAUCAGUUCUGGCUGGUGUAGAAGCUGGCUGGCUGCAACCAGCAGUAGGCCCUGAAUAUUCAUUGGAGAAGGUGGCAGAGGCUCAUAAAGACAUAAUACACAGCCCAGGUGCCUUGGGGAAGAUGGUGCUUCUCAUGUGUUAAAUUGUGCCUCCACACCAAUCGGAUAAUCGCUGCUCACAGUUGUUAAUUUGAAUACUCCUCAAAAUGUGGUUCAGGUAUAAGAUGCAAUAAGCACUAAUUUGGGGAAAUAUUUGAAUAUCAAGUUUUAAAAAGAUGACAUGCUUUGUAUCUCUGACUUAGACACUCUGCUGUUUGGGAGUGGGGUUUUUUUCUUGCAGGUCUUUGUAAAAGAUGUUUGUUUUGCACCCGAAUGGUAUUGCUAUAUUGUGGACUACCAUUUGCACACAUGAAUGUGCUAAACGUGCUUUUGCGCCUACAUAAGGGAGUAUUAGAAACCCACUGUGUUGGCUUUAAUUUGCUAACUACAGAAUUACGUUUCAGAAUCCCUCUUCUUUCAAAAUAAAGAAUACAAGGAAGACAGACCC